GGAGGGGAAGUGACGCUGCUGCUGAGAAGAUGGCGGCGACGGCGACUCUCCCACCCUCGACUACGGCCACGGCGACGGCCGCCGCGGCGGCUCUCGAGGAGGUGGAGGAUGAAGGGCUCCUGGCGUCGCUGUUCCGGGACCGCUUCCCGGAGGCCCAGUGGCGGGAGCGGCCCGACGUGGGCCGCUACCUCAGGGACGCAUCCACCGCCUCUUUGGCGGAGUUGAGCGGCUCGGGGCUGGAGCGGCUGCGGCGCGAGCCCGACCGCCUGGCCGAGGAGCGAGCGCAGCUGCUGCAGCAGACGCGCGACUUGGCCUUCGCCAACUACAAGACCUUCAUCCGCGGCGCCGAGUGCACCGAGCGCAUCCACCGCCUCUUUGGCGACGUGGAGGAGUCGCUUGGCCGCCUGCUCGACCGCUUGCCCAGCUUCCAACAGAGCUGCAGGAAUUUUGUGAAAGAGGCUGAGGAGAUCAGCUCCAAUCGCCGAAUGAACACCCUGACUCUAAACCGGCACACGGAAAUCCUGGAAAUCCUGGAGAUCCCUCAGCUUAUGGACACCUGUGUCCGGAACAGCUAUUAUGAAGAGGCCCUGGAGCUUGCAGCCUAUGUACGCCGACUGGAAAGGAAAUACUCCUCCAUCCCUGUCAUUCAGGGCAUUGUGAACGAAGUGCGCCAGUCCAUGCAGCUGAUGCUGAGCCAGCUGAUCCAACAACUGAGGACCAACAUCCAGCUCCCUGCCUGCCUCCGUGUCAUUGGCUUCUUACGGCAAAUGGAUGUCUUCACUGAGGCUGAGUUGAGGGUCAAGUUUCUUCAGGCCCGAGAUGCUUGGCUCCGUUCUAUCCUGACUGCCAUCCCCAGUGAUGAUCCCUAUUUCCACAUCACGAAAACCAUCGAGGCCUGCCGUGUCCAUCUGUUCGAUAUUAUCACCCAGUACCGUGCCAUCUUCUCAGACGAGGACCCGUUGCUGCCCCCUGCCAUGGGCGAGCACACCGUGAAUGAGAGUGCCAUCUUCCAUGGCUGGGUGCUGCAGAAAGUCUCACAAUUCCUGCAGGUGCUGGAGACUGACCUAAACCGAGGGAUAGGCAACCGUCUGGACUCUCUGCUGGGCCAGUGCAUGUACUUUGGACUGUCUUUCAGCCGGGUAGGGGCUGAUUUCCGGGGUCAGUUAGCUCCUGUUUUCCAGCGAAUGGCUAUCGGCACUUUCCAGAAAGCAAUUCAGGAAACGGUUGAGAAAUUCCAGGAUGAAAUGAACUCCUACACCCUCAUCUCAGCUCCAGCCAUCUUGAGCGGCAGUAACCUGCCUGCUGCUGUUCCAGUCACUCAGCCGGGGACCCUGCAGCCGCCCAUGGUGCUCUUAGACUUCCCACCCCUUGCCUGCUUCCUCAACAAUAUUCUGGUCGCCUUCAAUGAUCUGCGCCUCUGCUGCCCCAUGGCCCUGGCGCAGGAUGUGACUGCGGCCCUGGAGGACGCCCUUGCCAAGGUAACAAAAGUAAUCUUGGCCUUCCAUCGUGCCGAAGAGGCUGCCUUCAGCAGUGGGGAGCAAGAGCUCUUCGUCCAGUUCUGCACCGUCUUCCUGGAAGACCUCGUUCCUUAUUUAAAUCGCUGUCUCCAAGUCCUUUUUCCUCCAGCUCAGAUGGCACAGACCUUAGGCAUUCCACCCACUCAGCUCUCCAAGUACGGAAACCUGGGGCAUGUGAACGUCAGCGUCGUCCAGGAGCCUCUGGCCUUUGUCCUGCCGAAGAGAGAGAUGGCCUUCUGUCUAGACGACAAGGCGCUAGUCCCCGAGCUCACAGCUGCAGCUCCAGACCCCCCCGCCGAGGGGCCAAGGAUGGACCCCGGAGGAGAGCAGGUGGUGUGGCAGGCCAGCGGGUGGGCAGCCCGCAUCAUCCAGCAUGAGAUGGACCACUUGCAGGGCUGCCUGUUCAUUGACAAAAUGGACAGCAAGACAUUUACAAACAUCCACUGGAUGGAGGUGAAUGACUAAA